AUGUCGCUGUCUACCUCUAGUGGCGUCCCAUACCCCUUUCCCUUGACGACAAGCAAGCAACAAGAGAUCGGCAACAAUGCCAAUAUCUCCCAACAUGUCACGUUGACCCUACCUAAUGUUCGCGGUAAGAUUCCAUUCGAGCCGACAUCCAGGCUCCGAUCCAUGUGGCUUGAGGCCCACGGCGACCAGUCCAAAAUUCUAGCCCAACCGUGCGCGUUUGAUGGCUUGUCCUCACGAAUGAUCGAGCAAGCCGGCUUUCAGAUGAUAUUCAUUUCAGGAUACGCCGUGGCGAGCACACAUGGAAUCCCAGAUACGGGAUAUACUGCAAUGCAAGAGAUGUGUGACAAGAUCCAGGAGUGCGUCCGGCAGGUUUCUAUCCCCGUAAUGGCUGACGGCGAUACUGGGUAUGGUUCUCCUCUGAAUGUCAGAAGGACUGUCCAAUCGUUUUCACAUGCUGGAGCAGCUGGGAUUAUGAUUGAGGACCAAACCUGGCCUAAAAGAUGUGGCCACACCAGAGGCAAGUCCGUUGUUUCUCGUGAAGAAGCCUUUGCACGGAUCAAGGCCGCAUGUGAUGCCAGGAACGAAGGCCGGGAUAUCUUUAUUCUAGGCCGGACCGACGCGCUCAUUCUCGGGUGGGAAGAAGCCAUGUACCGAGCGCAGCGAUUCAAGGAGCUUGGCGUUGAUGCCGUGUUUGUGGAAGCUCUUCCCGACAAAGAGGCCAUGAAGAAAUGUUUAGAAUCGGUGGAUAUACCCAUGAUGGCCAAUCUUAUCGAAGGAGGUUUGACCGAGAAUAUCCCCGCGCAAGAGCUGGCGCUCAUUGGGUUCAGUGCCGUCUGCUACCCUUUCACGCUGGUAGCCGCCAAGUUGAAAGCUAUCCACGAGGCACUGGAGAAUCUCAAAGCCAGUAUGACAAUUGGAGCACCCCCAAUGAUCCUCCCGGCAGAUGAAGUUCACAAGGCAGUGGGAUUUGAAGAGUACUGGGAACUUGAGAAGCGGUAUGCCCAUGACUAA